UCGAUUGGCAACGCUGUCGCAGCUGUGAGUCACUUCGCGCGUGUUGUUUGCAGACGCGCAUCUACCUUGCGUAUGUUUGGUUGUACGUGUCAAUCUGCUCGAGCUGUUGGAGUUGCUCUUGCGACGCACUUCUUCGACGAGGACGCCUAUCUUUCGUGCAACGAGAAAGCUCCCUCCUGGUCGGAAUCAGGAUCAAUCGCCAUGUGUACCACCGACAGCAACAGCAUGAACAACGGGAUGCAACGCGAUGAUGUCGGCGACGCAUUUGGAUCAAUCGGCAGGAGCAACAUAGUUCCUGUUUCCAAUCUAGCACAGUUAGCACCUACUCAACGUUAUGCCACGUACUAUAAUAUGAAUCAUACCAAGCGUGGUCUUGCUGUCAUCUUCAAUCAUGAAUUCUUCACCAUCUCGCAUCUUAAGCCCCGACAUGGUACAAAUGUCGAUUGCGAAAAUUUAACCAUCACGUUGAAAAAUCUUGGCUUUGAUGUAAAUCAUUAUCACAAUUUGGUUCACAGAGAUAUAGUGAAACAGUUAGAAAAAGUUGCGGAUAUAGGAUUCCACUCCGAACAUGAUUGUUUGGUGGUAGCUGUAUUAAGCCACGGUGAAUUAGGAUUGCUCUAUGCUCAUGAUACCUCGUAUAAAGCGGAUUCUCUGUGGCAGUACUUUACUGCUGAUAAGUGCCCGAGUCUCGCUGGCAGACCUAAGCUGUUCUUUAUACAAGCCUGCCAGGGUGACAGAUUGGAUCCGGGUGUUAAUCUUAAAGAACGUACUGAAACGGAUGGAUAUGCUCCGACAUUUCGUAUUCCCACUCAAGCGGACUUCCUCAUUGCUUAUUCAACUAUUCCAGGUUAUUAUUCUUGGAGGAACACAAGCCGCGGAUCAUGGUUUAUGCAAGCAUUAUGCUCAGAAUUACGUGAGAACGGUAUUCGCUAUGACUUAUUGACUUUGCUGACAUUUGUGUGCCAACGUGUUGCCCUGGAUUUCGAGUCAAACACACCGGACAACCUCGCUAUGCAUCAACAGAAACAGAUUCCGUGCAUUACCACUAUGUUGACUCGAUUGGUAAAAUUUACCUCUCCGAAGAAUGGAGUUGUAUAGCCUGUAGAAUAAAAGAGAUUAUUAUUGCUUUUAUAUACCUAUUUACGGUAUACAAGCCAUAUCGUUUAGCUGCAAAUGGUGCAGUAUCAAUUUUAUUCAUGCGCCAACAGUUUGCUAAUAUGAUUAGACGUACUAGAUAUGU